CCGCAAUUAAAUUCAAAGUAAUACUACAUUCAAUGCACGCUCCCAAGAUCCUUGCCAAAAAGUUGUUCUCGUCCCUUCUUGGCAUCCGUCAUUUUCUACGUCACAAGAAACCCAACAUCAAAGACUCCACAACCACCGCAAAUAUAAAUCCUUUUACUCCUUUUAGUCUAAGGCUCUAAAGCUGAUAAGGUUGUCUGUUUGUUAAUUUGUUCCCAAGUUACAAUCUUUUUCACUAAUCUCGUGCUGAUAAGGUUGUAUUGAUUACUGAAAUUUUCUGGGUUUAAAAAAUUGAGAUUCCGAUUGUAUGAAUUGAAAAUAGCAGAAUAGACCCAAAAGAAGAAAAGAAGAAAGCAAGAUGAUGAUAAUGAGUCAGGGGAAUACUAAUGAUAUUGAGACUGGGGAGCACCACCGGAAUCAGCGGCGGCUCUGUGUCUUCUGCGGUGAAGCCACGGCGGUGCUGUACUGCAGAGCCGAUUCGGCGAAGCUCUGUUUAGCGUGUGAUCGUCAAGUCCACUCCACCAAUCAGCUCUUCACUAAGCAUACCCGGUGGUUGCUCUGCGAUUCCUGCGAUUCAACUCCGGCCACCAUCUUCUGCCGCACCCACGCCGCCGUCCUCUGCCAGAACUGCGAUUGGGACCACCACAACAAUAACUCCACAGGGCAGCAUGACCGGAGGCCUCUCGAGGGAUUCUCGGGCUGCCCUUCUGCGAGUGAGCUGCUUGGGAUUCUCGGAUUUGAUUCUGAUGUGGCCGGUAAGAAAGGGGCGGCGCCCGUUGGUAAGGUGAUGAGCGAUGUUAACAACAAUAUUGAGAGAGAUGAUGGGGAAAAUGUUUAUGGGUUUUCGGAUUUUUUGGUUUGGGAGACUCCUUCCGUGGUUAGUCUUGAUGAUCUGAUCGUGCCUCCUCAGCGGGGUGGCGAUGAUGAUUGUUCUAGUGGCGGCGCCGGAGGCGGCCAUGCUUUUCAGGCCAUGGGAGUUCCUCCACUGCCUAAGAACCGAAAUGCUACGUGUGGACAACACAAGGAGGAAAUACUCUUGCAAAUUCGUGAAAUUUCAAAGUUGGAACCUAAUUUGAAUGGUGAACAAGUAGAGUUUGAAUCCUUUGGUGGAUUCCAGUUCCUUGAAGCUGAUCAGCAAGACUAUCAGUCCAAAAAGCAAGGUGAAUAUCUCGACAAUGUUGAGCAGCCAACAUUAGCUUGUUUCGAUAAGGUUCCCUCAGUUGAAUGGUUCAGUGAUAAAGUUGAUGUUGGGAAUCAGGAUUUCCCUGCUGUGUUCUUUGGAAGCUAUAUUGAGACGAACAACGCUGUAGUUCCUGAUAAAGUUUCAGAAGCAGGUGAUAGCUCAGGGCAUAUGAAUGAUAGUCAUGAAGACAAUGUACAUGGUAUUGGCACCGAUACUGGUAAUGGUACUGGGAGUUUCCAGAUUCUUCCUAGAUUCUCGGUUCGCGAAUUAAACAGCCAGGAGAGGGACUCUGCAAUAUCCCGUUACAAGGAGAAAAAGAAAACCAGAAGGUAACUUGAAUCUUUUUUCCUUGAGAAAACUCUUCCAGGGUAGCUUAUAUCUUAUUUUUCUGGUUGGAUCUAUCAGAUUCCUGUCUUUAUAGGUUAACUUGAGAAACGUGUCUUAUGGAACCAUGCACUUUAAAAAGCAUUGAAGUGUUGUUUGAAUUUUGACACAAUUUUUAGUAAAUUUUUAAGGCCAUAACUCUUCAAAAGAUUCAUGUCAAUGAAGUUUGCUGCAUCUUCCAUGUUUUGUUGUUAACUGGUGUAAGCCAAGGUGACUUUCGCAUUUAGUGGAAGUAGUGACUGUGAAGUCCUUGUAAUCUUCUUACCAAAAACAUUUCCAUAUGUUGGGUGGUUUGAUUUGAUAAAUUCAUCAGGUAUGAGAAGCACAUUAGAUAUGAAACGCGGAAGGCUAGAGCAGAAAGUAGAGCAAGAAUUAGGGGACGUUUUGCUAAAAUCGAACGAUGAAAGAUGAGUUUUCAAGAAGCCUAUGCCCUUUUGUGAUACUGAGCAGGGUAAUGUAACAAUGCAAAGUAUUCAGUUUUGAAGUUAGCAGGAGCAGCAAUCUGAAACACAUCUUAGAAACGGACCAACUGCGUUGCUGCAAAUCUGAAUCAGAAGUAUUUUACAGGGUCUAGGUUCAGAUUAAUGUAUGACACUUCAGUUUCUUAGUCAGUUUGCUCAUAGAUGCCUUUGUUGAAUCGUAGAAUUUAGAGGCACUUUUUAACCUAGGAAAUGGAAGUACGUAGAAGUUUGGCUCAGAUGUGGGAGUUUCAUUGCGUCAGUUUGGAUUACAAGAUGUAGCAUUUAGUGUAUUUUUUCUCCUUAUGUAAUGCACCCCACCUAUAUAUCUAUAUGUACAGGUAUGAUGUUGGAAGCAUGUAAAAUUUGAUGUAGAGAGGGACUCUCUCGUUUUAGCUUCAUGUUUAUGUAGUUAAUGGUAAACUAAACAAUAAUGAUAAGCACGGUAAAAGAAGUUACUGAAUUUUUUUGCUUUUGGCUUAUUAGAGUCGACAAACAGUAUAAAAAUGAAAGCG